GCCGUGGUGUGGGCUGGGUACUGCUACUCCUGCAGAUGUGACCAAAACCGAUCUCCCCCCUGAGCUCGGCCUCAGUGCCUACCUUCGCACACACACUGCAGGUAGAGCACCCGGGGGCUAGGAGUGCACACACACCCCCACGCGCACACGCACACGCACACACACACUCACACACACACAGACAUCCCCAUACACGACAAUAUACAAACACACACGAAUACACACCCAUACCCCUUCUCAAAGCCGCCGUGAGAGACCCGUUACUUUGGGCAGGCCCACCAGCCCUGUGCAUGUCCGAACUGAAGUGCAGGACCAUCCGGGAAAGCAGGAGACAGAGGUGGACGAUAAUGAUGACGCCAUGCAGGUUAGUUUUGGGACUCCUGGUCCUGAAUGUCGUUCUGGCUUCUCCCCCAAGAUACACCCGACAAGUGGAGCCAGACAACUUCGACGAGGACCUCGAAUAUUACGAUGACCUGACCACGGAUGAACCUGAGAUAGAGAUUAGCCCUGUGGCCCCAGAUGAGGACAAUGAUCCCGAAACUGAAGCCUCACUAGAGGGAGAGGAAGAGGAACCAAAAUGGGAACCAGAAAAAGAAAGUGGGCAUGAGGAAGAAUUACCUAUAACACCUUCGCUCAUCCCAUCAGGCUCUGGAGUACCAGGGGUUUUGUUGGGACCAGACACUCCGGGAGAGGAAGAGCUGCGUCUGCGUCUGCGUUCUGGAGGUUCUGGGGAUAGUGGAGCAUCAGGGAUUUCUGGAAAGAUUCCUGAUGCUAGAGAAUACCAUUCUGGGGAGCCUCUGGGAUCUGGAGGUUCUGGGGGCUUGGGUUCUGGAGGCUCUGCAGAUGUAAGCUCUGGAAAUAUUAGUUCUGAAGGCUCUGUAGACCUUGGUUCAGCAGUCUCUGGAGAUCUUGUUUUAGGAGUAUCUGGAGACCUUGUUUCAGGAGUAUCUGAUGACUUUGUUUCUGGAGUAUCUAGUGGUUCUGUCUCUGGAGUAUCUGGAGACCUUGUUUCUGGAGUAUCUAGUGGUUCUGUCUCUGGAGUAUCUGGGGACUUUGUCUCUGGUGCAUCUGGAGACUUUGUUUCUGGGGUCUCUGGAGACUAUGUUUUUGGAAUGUCCGGAGACUUUGUUUCCGGAGUAUCUGGAGACUCUGUAUCCGGAGUAUCUGGAGACGUUGUUUCCAGAGUAUCUGGAGACUUUGUUUCCGGAGUAUCUGGAGACUUUGUUUCCGGAGUAUCUGGAGACGUUGUUUCCAGAGUAUCUGGAGACUUUGUUUCUGGAGCCUCUGGGAACCUUUUUUCUGGAGAUUCUGGGGACUUUGGCUCUGGACCCUCUGGGGACCUUAUUUCUGGAGAUCCUGAGGAACAUAUUUCUGGAGAUUCUGGGGACUUUAGCUCUGGACCCUCUGGGGACCUUAUUCCUGGAGAUUCUGAUGAACAUAUUUCUGGAGAUUCUGGGGACUUUAGCUCUGGACCCUCUGGGGAUCUUAUUUCUGGAGAUUCUGAGGAACAUAUUUCUGGAGAUUCUGGGGACUUUGGCUCUGGACCCUCUGGGGUUCCAUCUGGAGAAAUAACAUUGCUUCCUGUUGGAGAGGAGGAGAUCUACGUUACAGUUAGCACUGGCCCCGAAGAAGCUUUUAAGGAGCCCGUUUCUGGGGAAUCAGGGGUACUAGAGCCACCUCUACUCCCUGAGGAGCAUGUGACUUCAGGGCCUCCUGAGGAAUCUGAGGUUCCUGAGGAAUUUGUAACAAUCAUCCCUACUCUACUGGAAGAGGAGGAGCUGUUUCCCACCACCCAGACCCUACCCCAGGAGGGGGCUGGGAGUACAAUGGGUUCAGGGCUACCUGACCCUGAUGUUGAUGACAAUGAAAUUGAAGUCCAUGAAGGUCUGCCCACCUGCCUGCUGUGUACCUGCCUGGUAGGAUCUGUGUACUGUGAAGAUGUGAAGUUGGUGAACGUGCCCCCUCUUUCCAAAGAUACCACUCACUUCUACGCCCGCUUCAACAGGAUCACUAAGAUCAACAAAUCAGACUUCGCUAACAUGAACAAACUGAAGCGGAUCGAUCUGACAAGUAACGCCAUCUCGAUUAUCGAAGACGGCGCUUUCUUCGGCCUACCCGCUUUAGAGGAACUGGUAAUACGUGAAAACAGUGUGGCUCAACUCCCAGCGCUGCCAGUCACCAUGACCCUUGUUGAUGCCAGUCACAACCGCCUGGGCAGAACCGGUAUCCAGAACGAAGCCUUCAAGGACAUGACAGGACUACUUUACCUCUACCUGACGGACAACGGCAUCGAUCACAUCCCUGUUCCUCUGCCUGAUAGUCUCCGCUCUCUGCACCUACAGAACAACAACAUCCAGAUGAUACAUGAAGACACGUUCUGCAAACGGAACGACUUGAGCUACAUUCGGAGGGCGCUGGAGGACAUCCGCCUGGAUGGCAACCCCGUCAAUCUGAGCAGAACUCCACAGGCUUAUGUGUGUUUGCCACGUAUUCCUGUUGGUGCCCUUAUUUAAAACACACACACACACACACACACACACACACAAAAGUUUCCAACUUUUUUUUUUUUUAACUUUGGGCUGGAGUAAACACGUGUAUGAAUGCCUGUCUUGUACAAGAGGUUUUCUGUGCACACACACACACACACACACACACACACACACACACACACGUGCAAUAAACACACAUCAUUUAACA